CAAGUUUCCGGCCUUCAACAGCUAACGCUAUAUCAUCUGAAGUCUUUCUGCUCUUUUCUCAAACAAACUCAUCUCAUAAUUCAAAGUGUUGGCUUUUGAUGAUGUAAUCUUCUCAUUCUAUUUCGCCUAUUCGAGUCCUGACUCAAGGUUUUCCAUUUCUUUGUCAGUCGAAUGUUCCAUGUGCUUGCAUAAUACCCCAGAAUGCACUAGAUUAAAAAAAUUUAAAUGAAAAUUAUUUCUCCCUUGGGACAUUACGGAAUGCUUAACAAAGGACCUUUUCUUCUAGAAAAAGUGCAUUUGUUGGAGUCCCACAUCGGUGGGUUAAAGAGUCCUUGGUCUCCUUAUAUGGUCUUGGACAAUCCUCCCCUCAUGAGCUAGCUUUUAAGGUUGAGUUAGGCCCAAGGUCCAUUUCAUUAUCAUGGUAUCAGAGCCAGGCCCACCCAGUUCAUUUUACCACCCAGGGGAGCCUUGACAUUACUGGCUACUACACCAAAAUGAAAAAGCUCUGGGAAGAACUUGGUACUUUGGAUACGAGUUCUCAGUGCUCAUGUUUGUGCACCAGUGGCGGUAAGGCAAAAUUGCACAAGGCUGAGAAAGACCGACGGCUCAUUCAAUUUUUAAUGGGAUUGAAUGAGGUGUACACAAUAGUCAGGGGUAGUAUUUUGAUGAUGAACCCAUUGCCCAAUAUGUCUCAAGCUUUCUCCAUUGUAGCCUAGGAGGAGAGACAAAGAGAGGUCAAAUCUCAUAACAAGUUCAAUCUGGAGCCUACUUCUCUCCUUGGGAAUGUUGCUGGUACUAGCACCAAUUUUAAAACAAACUAUGCCCCAUACAGAGGCAAUGGGGGUAGUAGACCUCCUAGAAACUCCCACUUGUUUUGUGACUAUUGUAGGAAGGCUGGUCAUACUAAGGAAAAGUGUUACAAGUUACAUGGUUUUCCCCCAGAUUUCAAGUUUAAAAAAGGCAAAAAUAUUGGAACAACCGCUGUUGCUCAUGGUUUUACAGAAGAGAUGAUGGGAAAGACUUAUGAAAGAGAUAAUGAAAGGUCAAAAGGAAAGAGAACUGAAGUGAAUGACAGUGGAUAUAGCCAGGAGAAGAAGAGUCCAGCAGCAACAGUUUAACCAACUAGUUGGUUUACUGGAACAAUUUCAAGUUCUAGGAGGCAACAAUACUGGAAAUACUGCAAGAGAAGCUGCAAACAACAUCAUGGGUGGAGCUGUGAACUUUGCAGGUAUUCUAGCAUGCUACUCUUCCAUUACUGACAUUGGUAAAUUGUCUUGUGAAUUUUACAAACUAUCUGUUGAUUCAUGGAUCAUAGACUCAGGGGAAACACACCACAUGAACUUCAAUAAGUCACUACUUACAAAUAUUAGACUCUUGCGCUGGUUACCUUACCAAAUGGCUAUAGAGUUAGAGUGACAGAAAUUGGUGAUGCUUGUUUGAAUCCUUCACUAACUUUGCAUAAAGUAUUGUAUGUAACUAGUUUCAAGUUCAAUUUGAUUUCAGUUCAUUGCCUAUCUGCAUUCUUUAAAGAAAUUGUUAGUUUCAACAGUUCUUCUUGUUAAAUGCAGGGCUCUUCACUGAAGAGCCCUCUGGAGAUUAGUAGAUCCCAAAAUGGACUCUAUUUCUUAUGCUCAAGGUGUCACAAAUGGAUCCUCUAAUUCUGUCUCUGUUUUCUCUAGUUUACCUCCUACUCUUUCUACUGUUAGUGCAGCCACCACAUAUACACACUCCACCACUAUUCCACUUGUAAGAUCCAUCUUUUGAAUAAUAAGACUGUGGCUCUUGAUUCUAAGCAUUCCUCAAUACCUUUUAAUGUGAAUGAUUUUGAGCUUCCAUCUAAUUGUAGUAAGUCAUUCAUGUCAAACAUGUCUCACGGAAACAAUGUAGAUCACUUGUGGUAUAAUACGCUAGGCCAUGUGCCUUUUGUAAAUAUGAGAAAAAUCUCUUCACUCCCUGUUAAUUUCUCACCUAGACAACCCUUUUUUAUGUUCUGUAUGCCCCAUGGCCAGACAAACAAGAUUUCCAUUCCCAAUAAAGACUACUCCCUCUAGUUCUAAAAUUUUUGAUCUCUGUAAUACCCCACAUGUUUCUAAGCUAGGAAGUGAAUAAGUUUUCCUACGUAUGAAACCUCCUAUCAUGUUAGUAGCAUUUUAGUGCAUGACUUACAAUGAAUAUCCUAGUGAUAGAAUAGCUUGCAAUGUCUUAAGCAUGCUCAUAUGAGUUGCUUAGAGUGAUGCAAGCUAAGAGUUUUUGAGUCCAUCAAGUCUUAGUGCUCGAUUUUUUUUGCAAGGGUCAUCUUUGAACAAGAAUAAAGUGAUUUAUAUGUGAAAUUUUGGCUCAUUUAGACCCACCAAAUUGUAUAUAAUCGAAUUAUCUUUCCAACGAUAUCAAUUUCAUCAAAAUCUGACACCCGAGCAAGGAGUUAUGGCCAUUCAAAGUAGAAUGCAUCGCCUAACCAAUCACACAUGGCCACUGGAAAGCAUAUGCGAUAGAAUAUGCGGAGCCUAUGUAAAUAUAGGAGAUAUCACAUGCGGCGUCUAUGUAAAUAUAGGCGAUAUCAUAUGCGGCGCCUAUGUAAAUAUAUGCGAUAUCAUAUGCGGCGCACAUCUAUGAUUUCAGCCACAAAAACACUUAGUUUUUGAGUUAUUUUGAGGGUACUUAAGUCUUUUAACUCACCUUACAUGUCCCUAAACUUAAGAUCAUGAAAUUUAUAGCUUCUAAACACAUUACAACCCUAUUAAGAUCUCAAAGUUCAUUAUCCAAGAGCACCAUAGGAGAAAAACAACUAGGGUUGCACAAUCAAGCUUGAAGAUCAAAUUUCAAGGAAAUUCCUCCGUCAAUCAUCAAGAACCUCCCUUCCAAGGUAUGCGUAGUUUUCAUCCAUGGAUUCCUUUCGUCCAUGGAGUUCAUGAAUCAUUCUUUAAAAUAUAAAAGCUUUGUUGGUUGUGGUGAUAUGAUCAUACCCAUAUUGAUGCUUGUUUGUUUUUCUAUAUAAUAGUAUCGUGACUGUAUAUCUCAUGAAAGUUAUGUUGUUAGAUGAAAAACAUGAUCUUUAGGUGGAUUUAUAGAAUGAAAGUGUGAAAUCCACCUAUUCCUUAAAGAAUGCAUGCAAGGUGUUCGAUAAAAUGCCUAGUAUGUUAGAAUUUCAUAUUUACAUGAUUUCAUGAUAUCUAAAUAACAAGUUCAUGUUAGCCAUACACUCCAAUAUGAUUUUCCAUGGAAAUCAUGUGUUGCUAUUGUUAUGGUAUAAAACAUGUAUGAUAAUGGAGAUAUAAAUUAUGUACACAAAAUAUAUCCAUUCUUUUCCUAUCAUGUUUUAAAUGUUGAAUAAAUACAUGAAGUAUACUAUCCCUUGCUUAUGAUAUUGUGAAUUGUGGACUCAAAUCUUCUGAUCAAGUCAUGUCAUAUGUGUCAGUUUCCUCCUAUCAAGUCUUGGGGGUAUUCGUACCCAAAAACUAUAGCUGUGUGCCUAGAGCCAUGUCAUGUUUCACGAUAUCCGAACUCAAGCUAUGAUUCCAUAGACUUCAGUCAGUCAUGUGACUCAGGAAAACCUCAUGAUCUCCAUCAGUUCUCAGAUAUCAGUAACAUUACGCCAGUCAAUGGAAUUCAGUAAGAUUAAUUCAUGUAUAGUCAGUUAUUCAUGUCCAGUCCCUCCAGAUGGGAGUAGAGGUUAGCAUCGAGUGAACCUAAGGAUGGGAACUCACCCACCAGUUUAGGGUGUGAUUCUUAGUAGUCAUCCUUAUGUUUCAGAACUAUGUAGCCAGCAUAGGUUGAGACAUCUUAACCUAUAAGAUUAGGGUUGAUGAGGUGGUUUAACCUAUCAGUUUAGGGUUCCCACCAUUCUCAUUGAGUACCUGCCAGAUAAGGGUCACUCACAAGCUGUCAUUACUCGUGGCACGGUAUUGACACCCUUCCAGUCAGGGCAGAGAUUGGACCCCAGCUUAGCCAUAACGGCAUACAUGGGUCAUGUCGGUUAAACACUACCUCCUACAGUUUUAGUAUCAGUCUCAGUAAAAGAACUCAGGGUGUUCUUCAGAUUUCAAUAUAUACAGGACUGUCAGAUACAGUCGUCCAUGUUAUCAGCUUGCAGUAUCAGUCAUGACAGUUAUCAGUAAACCAUGAAUUAGCUUACAAGUCUUGCUAUCACGUAUUCAUGGUCCCAGUUUCUAUAUAUGUAUGUUUGCACUCCCACGUUCAUAUUAGUCAUUCAGUGUUGUUCAUGCAUGAAACCCUUUAUGUUCAGCCUACCUUCCUCGUAUACUCAGUACUCCAGUUGUACUGAUGCAUUUGCACUAUCGUUCUUUCUUUUCAUGUUACACCAUAGGUUCCGAGACACGAGCUCCAGCCCAGCAGUAUCGGUAGCAUUCCAGUCGCAGAGACACAGUGAGUCCUCAUUGAUUCAAGGAUAAUAUGAUUUGAUACAUUUAUUUAUUUCUUCAGUUCAGUUUUACAGAGUUAGUUGGAGACAUGUUCCUUCAACUCCUUAUUCAGAUAGUUUAGAGGUUUUCAGAUUUAUGAUCAGAUUUACGUUUCAGAUUUACGUUCAGACUUGCUUUCAGAUUGAGUUGUUUUUGGUAUUUUCACCCACAUGGACGUUAUGAUUUUUAGAUAUGGUUUUAUUCAUUUGAACCUUAGGCCUUACAGUUUUACGUAUUCUGCAUUAUUAUGUCAUAAUUUGCAGUAUACAAGUACAGAUAUCAGUCAUGGGUUAGCUUGUGGUCCCUCAGGGUCAUGAGCACCUUGUAGCAUUCCGGUUUAGCAAAUCGGGGCGUUACAAUCUCCUACACCUGGAUUUAUUGGGACCUUACCAUGAACCAACUGAUGAUAACUACAAGUAUUUCCUAACUAUUUUUGAUGACUAGAGUAGGUCAACAUGGACCCAACUUCUCAAUUGUAAAAGUAAUACUCUUCAAGCUCUAAAAGGUUUUGUGUCUCUAGUAGAAAAUUAGUUCAAGGUCACAGUCAAGUCAAUUAGGACUGAUAAUGGUUCAGAAUUCAUCAACAAUGAGACUCACAUAUACCUUCAAGACAAGGGUAUAAUACACCAAAAAACAUGUCCAUAUACACCUCAACAAAAUGGUGUGGUAGAGAGAAAACACAAACACCUCCUUGAGGUUCCUAGAUCACUCUUAUAUUAAUCAAAAGUUCCUAUUAAAUUCCGGGGAGAAUGAAUUUUAACUGCUACCUACCUAAUUAACAGGCUUCCACUUUCAGUUCUUCAUGACAAAACUCCCUUUAAAAUACUGUAUAACAAGCAUCCCACUUAUUCUUAUCUUAGAACUUUUGGUUGCCUAUGUUUUCCCACUCUUAACACUCACAAGGACAAAUUUGAUCCAUGAUAUACACCUCAUAUUUUUAUUGGUUAUCCUUUCAAUAGAAAGGGUUACAAGGUCGUAGACAUGAGUACCAAGAGAAUACAUGUUUCCAGAGAUGUGUUGACAUAUGACAUUGUUUAUUUCAGUAUUCAGUGUAUAAAUUUUAAGUUAGCUAAGACGGUGACCUGGCAAGUUAGUUAGAUUAGCUGCCAGUCUUUUAGUUAGUGUUGCAGUCAGUAGUGUAGUUAGCUUUGCGGUUAUUUCUUGGGAUUAGAGCUGUGCAGUUAUUUUGUUGUGGUGAAGUAAGAGUUGAAUUAACAGUGGUUUGGUGUAGAGGUAAUGUGUGGUCAGAGGCAGGGACAGGUAGAGUAGUGUUAGUUGAGUUAUCAGUGACAUUAUUAACAGUUUCAUCAUCCAACACAUAAGCUUUGUUAAAAGUAUUAUGAGUAGAGUUCAACAAAAUUGUAUCAACAGUUAAUUUCUUUAAGUACUUUGGUAAAACUAGAAUCAGAUUCAGAAAGUGCAACUGAAAAAGCAUUUUCAUGAAAUAACACCUCCCUGGAAACAUGUAUUCUCUUGGUGCUCAAGUCUAGGACCUUGUAACCCUUUUUAUUGAAAGGAUAACCAAUAAAAACGUGAGGUGUAGGUCUUGGAUCAAAUUUAUCCUUGUGAGUGUUAAAAGUGGGAAAACAUCGGCAACCAAAAGAUCUAAGAUGAGAAUAAGUGGGGUUUCUUUUGAGGCAAUCCUCCCCUCAUGAGCUAGCUUUUGAGGUUGAGUUAGGCCCAAGAUCCAUUUCUUUAUUAGCAUUGUUAUCAAUUUGUGCUUCCAAAGCGUUUUAUUAGCUCUUUUGGGUUUGCAACCUCACUUUCACGUGUCCUAAUUUUGUUGUGUAGCACUAAGUUUCUAUUUCACCUCAUAAGCUUUGGGAGCACCUUCUUUCUAUGCUAAUGCGGAAUCAUCUAAGGUAUUUUCUGAUAAAAACAGAACACAGUGAGCAGUUUGUUUUUCUAUUAACUUCAGUAUAUUUCAAUGAUUACAAGGCUGCAACUUUAUACAAAUAGAAAAGAGAACUAAAUGGUAAGAUAAUAUACAAUAAUCAAUACAAACACCUAAAUAAAAAAAAUAAUCAACAUUAAUGAAAAUAGAAUAAAAACAAUGUAGGCUCCAAUCACUCAUUUUACUUCCUGAAUUAGCUCACUCUACAGCUCAUUGCAACACUCCCACUCAAGUUGGUAGGUAGAUGUCUUUGAUACCCAACUUGUCCAAUGAUCUAUUAAAUGGUAUACUUGGAACAACUUUUUUUAGAAUGUCUGCUAACUGGUCUUCUGAUUUAACAUGUGGAAAACAUAUUAUUUUCUCUUCAAGUUUCUUUUUAAAGAAAUACCGAUCUACUUCAAUAUGUUUUUUCCUUUCAUGUUGAACAGGAUUCUGAGUAAUUUGUAUAGCCGACUUGUUAUCACAGAACAUCUUUAUCAAUGAACUUGAGUCAAGACCUAUUUCUGUUAAUAAUCUCUUCAUCCAAAGAAGUUCACAAAUUCCCUUCGUCAUACUUUUGAAUUCUGCGCUAGAUAGCCAUCACUUUUUGUUUCUUGCUUCCCCAAGUAACUAAAUUUCCUCCAACAAAGGUCAAAUAACCUGAUGUUGAUCUUCUAUCUAUUUCACUCCCAGCCCAAUCCGCAUCUGUAUAGCCAUUAAUAUUCAAAUGACUAUGUUUCUUGAACAUAAGUCCUCUUCCAGGAGACGACUUAAGAUAUUACAAAAUACGAGUAACCGCCCCCAUAUUCUCUUCAUUCACUAAGAUAAUUCAUGAAUUGACUAAAAAGACUCACUGCAUAUGCUAUAUCUGGUCUUGUAUGGGAUAAAUAAAUCAACUUGCCAACAAGUUGUUGAUACCUCCUUUUAUUUUUUGGCGUCUAAUUCGGAUGCUCCUUUAGUCCAUGAUUUUGGACAAUAGGAGUGUAAACUGGUCCAUAAUUGAGCAUUCCUAUUUCUGCCAAUAAGUCAAGAACAUAUUUUCUUUGGGAAAGGAAAAUUGCUUUGCUAGAUCGAACCGCCUCUAUGCCAAGAAAAUACUUAAGUCCUCCAAGGUUCUUAAUUUCAAACUAUAUAGCUAAAUACCUUUGCAAAUUUGUAAUCUCUUCUUUGUCAAUCCCCUAUGAUUAUCAUAUCAUCAACAUAUAUAAUUAAAUUUGUGACCAUACAUCUUCGGUGAUUCAAGAAUAAGGCGUGAUCAACAGUACUUUGCUUGUAACGUCAUCUCUUCAUGGCCAAGCUUAAGUGUCCAAACCACACUCUUGGUGACUGAUUUAAUCCAUAUAAUGCUUUGUGUAACUUGCAUACAGUUUCUUCUUGUGAAGUAACAAAGCCUUGUGGGAUUUCCAUAUAUACUUCCUCUUCAAGAUCACCAUGUAAGACAGUACUUUUCACAUCAUAUUGAUGUAAUGGCCAAUUCAAAUUAGCAGCAACCGAUAGUAGUACUCUCAUGGUAUUUAAUUUUACUACAGGAGAAAAAGUCUCUGUAUAAUAUAUACCAUAAGAUUGAGUGUAUCCUUUUGCCACAAGUCCCGCUUUAUAGCGGUCAAUCGAUCCAUCAGCACUGUAUUUGAUAGUGAAUACCCACCUGCAUCCGACCAGUUUCUUUUCUUUAGGUAGUGGUGCUUUUCUCCAUGUAUUCAUAUUCUCCAGUAGUUCUAUUUCUUCCUUUAUUGCUUGAGUCCACUUUGAGUCACUCAGAGCCUCCUGUACAGUGCUUGGAAUAUUUGUAGAGGAUAGGUUGUAAGUGAAUGCUUUGAGUGAUUUUGAUAAAUUUUUUGUGCUAAUGUACUCGACGACGAGGUAUUUUGCUUUCUUUUCUUCAAGAUCUGGAGAGUAUCAAUUUGGUGGUUGCCCUUGAUUGUGCCUGAAAGGGAGUUUAUAUGUUGAAGGACAAUCUAGUUCAUUAUUAUUAGUAGAAUUCAGAGAUUGUACCUCAGGAAUGCCCGCAGGAGAUUGGUCUUCGUGUGGUACUAAGCUUUGAGUGACCAUUUGUUCUGUCAGCUGCUUAUGUGUAUAUUUUGGCUGCAGAUCCUCUUGUAUACUCACACCAUGUUCAAGCAUUAGUACCGACGGCAAUGAAGAAUGAUCAACAAGUGUCUGUAAUGGAGUUUGAAAUUUCAAUACUCAUGAUGGCAAAUAAACUCCAGUAUAGACUGCAUCCAUCCAAUAACGUCAAGGUGCUUUAGAUGCUAUUAAAAGAUCUCUAGCAGUUUCCAAAAUAUUCCUAUUUUUUCGUUCUGUGACACAGUUUUGUUGAGGUGUCUGGGUGCAAGAAGUUUCAUUAAGUGUUCCAUUCUCUCGAAAGUAAUCAACAAACUGGUUACUUGCAUAUUCUUCACCAUUAUUUGAUCGUAAAACUUUUACAACAAUAGAGAAUUGAGUUCUUACCAUGUUAUGAAAUAAACGAAAAAACCUAAACACCUCAUCUUCACCUUUCAUCAAAUAAAGACAAGUCAUACGUGUACAAUCAUCUACAAAUGUCACAAACCAUCUAAUAGGCCCAAACAAUAUCAUUAAUGUUUCUAAACCGAUUUCUUAAAAUCAUGAUUUCUAUGCCCAUGAGAUAUUAGGAAAACCCCGCGUACUCUAUUUAAGAAAUAAAAGGAUGCUCCUUGAUACCUACGGCUUAAGGAUUCCAAAUCUCCAAUUUGUUUUGAAAGCACAUGGUUAAAUCAUGAGUUAUUUGGGAUUCUUGUUUGAAACCCUAGGGAGAAAUCUUGAUGGAUUUUGGUGAGAGUAGGUGUAUUUUGGUGUAAUAGGGAUUAAAUCCCGUGUUCAAGAUGUUAAGGGAUUGAAAAGUACCCCAACUACCCUUAAUGAGAUGGGUAUUAAAAUAUAACUGAGAGCCCGAUUUCAUGGGACACCACGAUGCACCACAAUCACGGUGGCUCCCUGAAAAUUGACGAAUGGGAAUUUGGCCCAUUCCGUGAUGCGUCACCAUCACAGAGUCUCACUGGAAACUGAUCAUCGGCAUUUACACCCUCUCCGCGAUGUACCAAGGACAGGAAUGAUGGUGUUUUACGACUAGGACAUAAAUUAACCAUAACUCCUUCACCGAGUGUCCGUUUUGGAUGAAUCUUAUGUUGACGGAAAACUUAUUCGAUCAUCUAUGUAAUGAAAAGUUAAAAUCUAAGGAAUUCCAUAGGAAAAUAAGUACAAAUCAUUCUAGAAACCAAUACUUGAUACUUUAGGGACAAAAUUUAGCUAGGAAAACUUUGGGGCGUUACACAUGCAUGUUUCUGAAUUUUAAAACUGAAAAUCUCAGUAAAAUCUGUAUUUUAGUCUAUUCUGAAUUUGCUAUGACAUUCAUCUAUUUUGGUAUCGAUAUGCAAGACUUUGAAUUCAUAUUUCUAUGCCAUACAUUAACAUGUUACAGCCUUCUCUUUCAAAACAUUAUUUUCAGACCACGAAACUAGUCAAACGGUAUAAGUGGAUAUGUAUAGUGAAAUUCAUGAAAACAUAGUCAAGGAUCCUCAAUUCAAUUCACAAGCACAUGGUGGUUAAGUAUCUUAUAACAAAUCAUUCACUUCUCUUUAAAAUCAACACUUUCAUUUAUGCAAUUAAGAAAGACACCCUCUCUUCAAGUCAUCAUCAAAAUCAAGCCAACAAAUAAUAGUAAAGACAUUUAUUUGUUGACAUCACUCAGGAAAUCACCUUUUUUUUAAAUAUCAAAGGGUCAUUCAACUACUUGUUUAGUGACAUAACUGUGUAAGCCCUUGUUACAAUAGAUAUUUGCCUAUCAUACUAUUUUCCUUUUACAAUAAUGCAAAUGCAAACAUGGCAGUUUAGUCCAAAAGAGAAGAAAAACAUUUCUCAGUUUAUCUGUAUUGAUUGUCAAACUAUGUGGGGACUGAUAUGACAUAGCCAUAUUGGCAUUUUUGUCAAUCAAAGACAGCGUACCAAACAAGUUUACGGAUAUUUUGGUUGAUGGUCACUUGGGGCCAAUUUAUAUCACGGACAGAGUUCUAGCUGCCUUUUUCUAAAGUAAGAAUAUAAAAACCUAAAUAGGGGUAAUACAAGCAAAGGGGAUAAGUCUUACCUUACCAAUCUUAAUGAGUCUACAAAUCUCUACUAAUUAACAAAGAGUAAAGCAUGUCGUACCCCUGAACUAUGAACAAAUCUGCUACGACAACAGGGGCGAGUUUACCUCUUUAAAAAAUAGGCAACCGCCGGGGGCCUCAUUUUUAUAAAUAUUAUUUAUAGAAAAAUAAUUUUUUUAUUUCAAAGGAAAGGAUUAUUAGAAGUAGUUCAUAUAUCUAGAGUAUUAUGUCUCAAGAAAUGCAUUAAUUAUAUUAUUACUUACAAAAAUAAUUUAAAAAAAUUGAUUAUAUAAUGUUCAAAAUAGAGUUUAUUAAAAAAUUUAUUUUUUCUUAAAAAUUUAAGGCCUUCGUUUAAUUUUCACCUUAAGCCACGAAUUUGCUUGAGCCGCCCCUGUACGACACAGUCCAACUUCACGAGGAUCCUAUUACCCGAACUAAAUUUUAACAUAUUUUUAUCAAUCUUUUUAGCUGACCCGACACCUUGUCAACCUUUUUAGCUGACAUGACACCUUUGACAUGAGUUAUGUAAUAAAGGUACCACAUUAGCACAAAAGGGUGACAAGUGUAGACACCUAAUUUCGUCCCUCCCCAAUAACAUUUUUUACCCAUUUUUACCUUAUCCUACGGUAUACCCUCACCCAUGUAAUUAUCCCUCCAUAAAAUGACAAAAAAUAACAAACUCCCUAAUAAAAUUUCAUCUUGUUUUAUUUUAUCCUAACAACCUAUCCAAUCAAAAUAAACCACAUCACUACCCCACCCUUUACCUACCUACCAUACCCCUACCCAACGUGACCCCUCCUUUUUCAGGGGGCUUCCCUUCUUCUUCACCAAGACACCCUCACUCACCAAAAACCAUACACCACAUCACAACAAAUCAUAGACAGAAAAGAGGACUCCAUUUUUUAGUUUCUUCUUCACGCACAACAAUGAUAAGAUCAAACACGCAGAGAGGGAAAGAGAUUAUUGAGAGCUCAAACAGUGAGAUUGAGAGAGGAGAGACGAUGAGAGAAUGAAAUAGAGAGAAAAGAGGACGAACUGAGAAGCAUCUGUGAUCGAAAUCAAAAAAUAUAACUGUUGCCGGCGUGGUUUUCACCGGUAAAUCACCAAGAACCCGACCCUGUCCUUUUCCGGUGACCAUCUAACAAAAAUACAUUGGAAAUUGCUGGGAAACCACAGAAUCCUUCCUAUAGUGUCAAUUUCGAUGACCAUCCAUUAGAAAGUGUCGAAAUCUGCUGGUGAGUAACCUAAAUCGGCCCAACCAGACCGAAUCCGACGAAGUCUGUUGGAAAACGGUCGAAACAGUUGGUGGGGGUGCGAAAUAGGUUCGAUUUUAUCGUCGUCGUGUGAUUUUCCAAUUCGGGUCGAUAAAAAAUAUAAAAGAAGGCUAUUCCGAGUUGGGUUCGAUUCAAAGUCAAAAUUCGAUUCGAGGUUUCGGUGCGGAUUUCAUCUCAUUUAAUUGAAUAAUACUUAAAAACAACAUUGAGGUCUAAUUCUUUCCUCUCUUCCUUUUAAUUCUUAUGUGAUUGUUGAACGUGAUUCGAUAUGUGAAUUGUUGAUGACGUUUGAGUGUUGGAUUAGUUAAUGUUUGGUUGUUCUGAAUUCGUUGUUGGUCGCCAUGAUCAUGAAUUGUGUGAUGAAAUGGUAUCUCAUUCGAAAAGUAAAAUCAGUGUUUGGGGGGGGGGGGGUGAGAAUUGAAAACUCAUUAAAAUUGAUGGAUUUUGGGUGACUUUGGUUCAUUGUUGUGUUCGGAAUGAGCAUGAAUAUUGUCGGAAUAUAAUAGUCAUGACAUGUUGAAAUGGAUAGGAAAAUAUAGGUUCGGGUAGACAAAAAUUUAGGAAUAAGUAUGUCAUUCGAUGAUUGAAUGUGGAGUUGUGUGUUGAAUAUUUUCUAGUUUAUCGCAUUCGAUUGAAAUGUAAUCAUUUGGCCGGGGAAUGCCCCGAGGUUUCAUGUAUUUAUUUAUCGGGAAAUGCCCCGACGUAUUAUGACUUCGAAGGAAGUUCGUGAUCAAGGCCCGAGGCAUCAGGUAAAGCAUUGGAGCUUAGUUUAGGUCUAGUUUAGAUAGGUUUUAUAUUUUUUUGCAUUUUUCUAUUUCGGACUGUAUGAUUGGACUGAACACUAUAUUUUGAAUUUGUUUUGUUUCAUGUGUUUGAUGGAUUGUUUUAUGUGUUUUUGUGUGGUUUAUACAUUUGUAAUGUCAAAUUAGCCGAUAUGCUCCACCAAGCGACCGUGGUCGAACCACGGGGUAGAGGGGUGCCUAACACCUUUCCCUCGGUCAACAAAAUUCCUUAGCCGGAAUCUCUGCUCGCGAAUCAGUGAGUCAAAAUCGUUUCGAAAAGGAUCUCCAAAGGUGACUUGGCACACCGGAUUAUGUCAAGUGGCGACUCUGAAUAAAAAAUGUAAACAAUUCUUUUUCGAAAUAAAUUUUCAAUCUUUUGUCACUUUGAUAAUAAAAACCCUUUCGAACCUUAAAAACAAUAUCUUUUUGUUGUCAAAAAAGGGGUGUGACAACAAGUAUAUGAUAAAAUUUAGUUCAUGUGAAGAUAGAGUGAAUCAUAGAAACUUUGGUCAUAGUUUGGAGGAUACUGGAUGCUUAUCUCAAUCAACAAACAUUCAUUCCUCCUAGAAGUCUUCGUCUUGGAUCCUAACAACCCAAGUAUUGUCAAUAAUCAAGGAAAAUUGGACAGAUUCUGUUUCUUUGUGCUACUUAUUUUCCACCGUUUAAUCUGUUUGCUACUUAUUUUACUUCUCAAAAAUUUAUUUGUUUUGGUGCUAUAUAGUGGAGUAUAUCAUUGAUCUUUGAAAAUACCACACACAUUAAUCCAGUUACAAAAUUCCCUUGAAACAUACUAUUUCCACUGCAUAGUAACAUGGAGAAUCACAUUUUCUUAUUGAUGCUUCUCUUUCUAGUUCAAUAUUAUUCUGUUUCUAUAUCAGUUUCUUCGUCGAAUGAAACAGAUCAACAAGCUCAAGUAGCUUUCAAAGAUCUUGUUAUUAGUCCAAGUCAGUUUUUGGAGAAUAAUUGGACAAAGAAUACUUCUUUUUGCUCUUGGUUUGGUGUCACUUGCAGUCCAAAAAGGCAAAGGGUUGUAGCCUUGGCGCUUCCCGAUAUGCAACUUCAAGGCACAAUUUCCUCCUCUUUGGCCAAUUUGUCCUUUCUCAGCGUGCUCAAUCUUGAGAACAACAGCUUCCAUGGUGGAAUUCCUUUCGGACUUGGCCACUUGCCUCGCUUGCAAGUGGUUGAUGUUAGAAACAAUCAGCUCCAAGGAAGUAUUCCAACAAUUCUAUUUCAAUGCCGGAGGGUUCAAGUAAUUUCAUUAGCUUUCAAUAAACUCGGUGGUGAAAUAUGGAAAGGGCCAUGGUUUGUACCGAAACUCAGAGUCUUGAAUCUGAGGAACAAUAGCCUCACAGGUAUAAUCCCUCCUUCUCUUGGAAAUGCCACAAAGUUGAUGAACUUUAGUUUGGCUGGGAAUAGAAUCAGUGGCAACCUUCCAAAAGAGAUCGGCAAUCUGAGCCCUCUUGCAACUUUGUCCUUGUAUGAUAAUCAAUUAAUAGGUUCGAUUCCCGCACCACUGUUUAAUAUAUCGUCGCUUCUUCUUGCAAAUCUAGCAUUCAAUAGCCUUUCCGGUUCUCACUUCCUUAAUGAAGGGAAUAUUGUGUCAAAUCUAGAGUUUUUAAGUGUAUCUAACAACCAAAUUCCUUCUAACAUAUGCCAACUCAGAGAGCUCCAAGUUUUGUCCAUAUCUGUAAACGACAUAACUGGAGAGAUACCCAGAAAUAUUGGUUGUUUAUCCAAACACGAGGAUUUUCUUAUUGGUGAUAAUCCAAUAAAAGGAACUAUUCCCGCUUCAUUGGCCAAUAUUUCCACUCUGCAAUAUGUUUCCUGUACAAGAAAUCGCUUGGAGGUCACUUCCAACCACUACAGGUCUUCAUCUUCCAAACCUUGAACAACUUAUCUUGGGAGGAAAUCAGCUGGAAGGGGAAAUUCCGUUGUUCAUAACUAAUGCUUCCAAGCUCGAAAUACUGGAGAUAGCAAGCAACUAUUUUACAGGAACUAUUCCUAAUAAUUUGGGAAAUCUUCGUGAGCUGCAAUAUCUGUUCCUACAUCAUAAUCAACUUACCAAUGAACCAAGAGACCAUGAGUUGCAAUUCUUCAAUUCUUUGGUGGACUGCAGGAUGUUGGGAUAUCUAGAAGUGGGUCACAAUCCAUUGAAUGGUGUUCUUCCCAAUUAUAUUGGGAAUCUUUCAUCUACUAUCGAAGACUUAGAUAUAUCAAAUACACGCAUCAAUGGCCUCAUCCCCCCAGUUAUAGGAAACAUGAGCGGUCUAACAGAACUAACCCUUGGAGGAAAUAACUUGAUGGGAAAUAUUCCUCCUGAGAUUUGUAAGCUUAAACAACUCCAAGGUCUGUUUCUACCGAACAAUAAAUUGCACGGAAAUAUUCCAGAGGCAGUAUGCCAUUUAUCUAAUUUGGUUCAAUUAAGUCUAGGUGAUAAUGAGCUAUCGGGGUUAAUUCCAGCAUGUAUAGGAAAUCUUAGCAUGGUACAACAACUUUAUUUGGGCUCUAAUAGAUUUUCAUCAAAAUUUCCCUUGAGUCUUUAGAAAAUGAUAGGUCUUCUCAUUCUAAACGCAUCACAAAAUUCUAUAGAAGGAGAAGUUCCACGGGAUAUUGGAGGACUGAAGGCCAUUGUAGAACUAUAUCUUUCUGGUAACCACUUUUCAGGCAUGAUACCAAGUAGAUUGGGGGAAAUCCAAAACCUGCAGUGUCUUGACCUAUCGAACAAUUCAUUUUUUGGCCAAAUUCCAUUUUCCUUUGCUAACUUGAUAAGCCUGGAGUUCUUGGAUUUGUCUUUAAAUGCUUUGUCAGGUACUAUUCCUAAGUCCAUGGAAAGACUCUCAUACCUUAAAAGCAUUAAUGUUUCAUUUAAUGAUUUAGAAGGAGAAAUACCCAGUGGUGGUGUGUUUGUGAAUUCCACUCUACAAUCAUUUCUCGGGAACAAAGGUCUAUGUGGAGUGCACAUAUUGUAGGUUCCUGCUUGCCCUAAUCUUGGACAAUAAAGGAUCUUAUGCUAAAAGUUGUUACCCCCGUGAUUAUUUCCUCCUUUCUGAUAUUCUUAUUGGUUUCAGUUUGGAUAAUGAAACGACAAGAAAGGAAAGUCCAAAGAUGUGGAAAUGGUACCGGAGAUUAGGACUCAUCAAUUAAUUUCCGAUCAUGAGAUUCAAAUAGACACAAAAAUUAGAUGAAUUGAUUAUGCAAGGGAGUACCAUUCUCCAUUCCAUUUUGUACUCAUUGAAAACAAAUGGAAACCUCUUGCUGAUUCGACAAAUGAAGAAAUGGAAAACCUCGAGUCUGAAAUGAGGUAGACCUAAAAUUAUAUUCGAUACAAGAAAGACCAAGAAGACACAAAACAAACACCCAAAACAGUCCACUAGUCAAGAAAAUCGUUUAUCCUUUGGACGACCCCUCUUGGAUUCAACAAACAACAACAACAACACAAUGUAUUGUGGUGUUUAACACCUAAAAAAAGCCAACCAACAAACUAACAAGAUGGAUAACAAGAUGGAACAACAACAAGAUGAACAACAACAACAAGUUACGGGUUCACUAGAAACAAGAGGAACGAUUACAAGUUACAAACACUAACAAGAUUGCAAUAAAAGAAACAAGGGAUAGAUAGAUAGACUACACGAAGAUGUAAUCUUAAAAACCCAAGAGCCUAUAACACUACACACAAUGAUUCAUCUAUCUCUUACGUGACACGAGAUCGGAUUCCACCUCUCAAGCGCCAACGUUUCCAAGCAACACAAUCACUAGUGAUUUCACACUAGAUCUUGCCCUAGUUUCGGUUGGUGGUUUAUCCAAGCCCCAACUAUGGUGUUUCAAGUCUUACAAGACUUACAAUCAUAUCCAAAAACUAAAUCUAAAAACCCUAAAAUGUUCCUUUUAUAACCAUUACAAAAUAUAAGUUAAAAUAACCAAAGGCCCUUCAAAGAGUGGGCACCCAUCUAGUGUAAUUUAUGGGCUGAUUGGGAUGCAUUUUGGGCCUUUUUUACCCUUUAACUGUACAUGUAAAGUGAUACGGGACAAACAAGAGAACACAAAACAACUCCAAAACAAUCCACUAAUCCUAAGGAUUUGAGGACCUUUUUGAAGACCACUCUCAGAUUCGCUAUCAACAACACAAUAACAAGAUAAAGAGGUGUGUUUUAAACACCAAAACAGACACAAUAUAAGAUGAACAAGAUGAACACAAUGGUUACAAAAUUCGGAUUCAACAAGUCACAAAAACAAUCCACUAUGAAUCUACAAAGUGCAAUAAGAUAAAGAUAGGUAGAUAGACCAAAUGAGGGAAUAAUAUUA